AUGGCGGCCAUAUGUCUCUGCAGGGACUUGCUCAUCAUGCACUCUACACCCGGCAUCUGAAGACAGUCGUGGGCGGCUUGGUUCUCGUGACGUUGGUGAUGCUCGUGAUGUACACAACGCCCACGCCCACGGCACUUAUUCUCUCGGCAGCCAACAGCUUAAGGGACACAGGCAAUUUCCCCAAGCCCUACGUGUCUUCAGGAAAGGCAGGAUACGACGUGGCCGCCUCACUCCCCCUUCGGCACGGAAGGAAGAGGGGCAGGUGGAAAGGGGAAUCCCCGAGAAGGCCUUUGGUCUCGGCUCACAAGAUAGAGAGUCUUGGAGAUCCGAGGUGUUGAUGGCUGGCGAAAGUGCGGAAGCCCAGUGCCGCCCACAACACCACGUCAUGUUCCUCAAGACUCACAAGUGCGCCUCAUCCACCGUCCAGAAUAUUUUUCUCCGUUAUGGAUACACAAACAACCUCACGUUUGCCCUUCCUGGAGCUGGGAAUUACCUGGGAAAUCCGGGUCUGUUUAAGGCCGGCCUCAUCCCCAAGAGCCUUCUGCCUCCGAGUGGUAAGGUCGACAUCUUCGCCGUCCACACACGCCUCAACUUCAAGGACCACUCGAGCGUCUUACACAACGACACUCGCUGGGUGACCCUCGUGAGGGACCCGGCCACGCUGUACGAGAGUCUGUUUAAUUUUUUCCACCUGAAAAAUGGGUAUAAUUUGGACCUGUCGUCUUUUAGUUCCCAGCCUAUGGCGCGGCUGAUGGAGCUGCCGCGCUACGGCGGGAAAUUCGGCAAGAACCAGAUGCUGUUCGACCUCGGCUACAGCGACAACAUGUCCGUGACGCAGCUGCGGCAGGCGAUCGAGGAGCUGGACGGCCUCUUCGACCUGGUGAUGGUGGCCGAGCGGAUGGACGAGUCGCUGGUCCUGCUGCGCCACCUGCUGUGCUGGAGCCUCCACGACGUCGUUGUGUUCACCAAGAACGCCCGCCGCCAGGAGGUCAAGCCGACGCUCGACCCGCAGACGAGGCAGACGCUGCGGGAGCUGAACAGCGCCGACGCCCUCCUCUACGACCACUUCAUGGCCAAGCACCGCCGCGCCGUGCUGGAGUUCGGCGUCCGCAGGAUGGCCGACGAGGUGUCGGCGCUGCGCAGCCUCCGCGACGAGUACUUCGAGGACUGCGGCGCCCGCGAGGUCAAGGGCAAAGACUCCACCCUCAAGUUCAAGGAGUACUCGGGGCUGGUGAGCUCGUACGUGACCUCCAACAACUCUGACCAGAACUGCCUCAUGCUGUCCCUCCCCGAGCUGCCUCUGGUGGACACCGUGAGGCGGAAGCAGCUGAAGGUCCUGGAGGAGAUGCGAGCGCCCUCCUAGCAGCGUGCCAGGCUCAUCCCCAGACUGACUCGCCGUUGCCAUCGUUCCAAAUCAAACCGAGCUGAAGAUGUGGCGCGAGGAACCGCCUGGGUCGAGGCUUGACGUCUAACGUUCUUCCACUCCUCCCUCAGCACGUGGCUUCCAGUUCUGUGUGUUAUAAGUAAUCUAUUUUUGUACAUUAUCCUGAGCGAUGUUGUUGAUGAUGAAUGUGUUGAUUUUUUUUUCUCCUUCUUGAUUUUCUUUUGCUGUUUCGAGUCAGCAAACCAGCACCGAAGUGCCUCUUGUUUGGUGUAUAAACAAGGCUGUGAGAUUUUCAUACCUUUGAUAACGCUCAUUGGGUGCCUUUAAAAGAAAUGACGAGUUCCCAAUGAUUUUUUCCAAUAUUGUUGAAUUUGUGUACUUUGUAAUGCACAUGUGAUGAGCGCUAAAGACAGAUAGUCUAUAUUUUUGUCAGUUUAGAAACAAAACGAGAGUGCUUUAUGUUCCUGCAUAUCAUGAUUCUACGUUCACAAUCAGCAAAAUACCACAGUGUUUCUUCCUCGAAUGAAGAACUAUAAAGAACUGUAAUCAUUCUUCACUGUGAACAUGUGCGCCAAGGGCCUCUCACCCCCCCUGCCAGUUCGAGCAGGAAGGAGGGAGGCUUCCGUGCAUUUCCAGACUAUGAUGAAACUGAAUGAGUUCGAUCGAGGUUACCGUUUGCAGCCAGGGUUGUGGAGGUGGGAGUCACACUGUCAAUAUUAUUUUUUUUUCUGUAGACGUGUGGAAAUAUAUAGUUGAAUGAUUCA